GUGCUGCUCUUCUCCUUCUGCCUGGUCCUCCUGCCCAGCCUCUAUCCCCUGGGCGGCCAGAAGCAACCGUUGGGGCAGCAUGGAGUGUUGUCCCGAAAGCUGCGGGAGUUGCCAAGUGGGACUUCCCAGAUGUUGGCUGGUGCCCCGCAGCCAGCAGAAGCGACGAUGACCCUCCCCCAUCCUGGAUCCCCCACGCUGCUUUCGUCAGAGAAAGCUCUGUCCCCCAAAGUCUUUGGGGCUGCAGGAAGCCUCAACGGGUCUGUGGAAGGCUCACGGAGCACCCUGGAGACCGGGCCUCCCGCCUCGGCCGGCAACGGCAGCUCCUCCUCAGACUCCCCUUCUCCUGCCGUGAAGGGGCUCCUCCCGGCCCCCAAGGACCCUCCUCCGGGGAAGGAGAGGGCACUCCUGCCUGCCUCUGUUGACCAGGAGCCUGGCUGGGCAGAUGGUGGUGCCCCAAGCGUCAUCCUGCAGCCCCAUCGCUCUGACGAGAUGUGAGGACUGAGGCUGGGGGCCGCUUUGCCCGCAACGUGUAAAUGCUGAGAUCUGGAAGGGGAGACUCUGGACAGAGGUGGGGCAGCAGGAAAGCAGGAGGGGCUUUGCCCUGGCGGGGCUCCUCCGAUUGGGGCCUCACCUCAUUGGCCAGUUCCACCAC